CCGCUCUCUCGAAUCGCACCGGGACUCUAUCUCGGCAAUUCCACCGCAGCAGAAGAUACUCGACUUUUACAAUCUCUCGGAAUUACGCACGUUCUUAACGUGACGGAGGAACUCCCGAUGGUCGAAUGGGCCCCCUCCAUGAGGAUUACGCUCGCGGAUAUGGCACACGCGAACCUAUUGGAUACGUUUGAGGAUGCGCUGGGUUUCAUCGAUUUGGCAUUGGGCGAUCAAAGGGAUGUCAAGGCAUUUACGAAUGCGCGGGGUAUCCUAGUUCAUUGUCUAAUGGGUCGCUCUCGUUCGGCAUCCAUCAUCAUCGCGUACAUCAUGCGAAAGUACAAACUCAACUACCGCGCAGCACACACUUAUGUCCAUUCGAAGCGACCUAUCAUAUGGCCUAAUCUGGGUUUCGUGAAUCAGUUAAACUUGUGGGGUGAAUGGGGAUGCAAAGUCGACAGGGAGAGU